AUGUCAGCGGGGUUGAUGUCGUGUGUGCGCGAAAAUUCGCCACCACUGGAAAACACCAUCGCACAAGUGCAGGAUACACCAAUAACGAUCACCACUCCAGAAACUGCAGCACCAGCGAACGCCGCCGACACCACCAAACGGAAACGGUUCCACCCGCUGCGCAACCUCCGCCGUAUCUUCCGCCGGCGAACCGUCGCCUCGGCCGACCGCGCGCCCGGCCAGCUCGGUGCCAAAGGGCAACAGACGCACAUCCACUUCGCCACACCCGGCUGCUCGACGACCGAUGCGACGCUUCCGCGCACCGGCUACGGUCUCCCGAUCACGAUCCGCGCUGGUGGCCCCGAGUCGGCGGGAGCGGUGCCGGGCACCUCGCAGGCCGCUGGGGGCGGUGGAGCGCCGGGCGGGUACUUCAAGCGCGAAACCUACCGGCUGCGGAACUCCGAUGAUCUAGACAAGGAGAUGUCCGACUACCAGCGCAGUCUCAGCGAAGGUCGACUGGUCGAUAGUGACAUCAGCCGGGAUGGGCUUUCGCAGUCACACGAUAGCGUUUUCUCCGAAUCAGCCGGCACUGCCAGCAGCUUAUCGAUUACACUGAAGAAUGAAUUAGCAGACGUACUACGAAAGCGGAGAAAGGAUCGCCAGGAGGAGGUCUCGGACGAAGAUCUCGGGUUGCCGUUAAGCCCGAUCACGCCGCAGCGUAAGGAUCGCGGGAUGAACAAGAGCGAAGGAUCGCUCAGCAUACUGAGCAUGACCAGCUCCGAUAUGGACGAUGACCGGUCGGCGUCCAACAUGAGCGGACACAAUCUGCUCCGGCUCGAGUCGUCCACUUCCGGUUCGGUCGGCAUGAACCGGUCCGACAAUAUGGAUGAAAGUGGUGACUCCUCGAAACUUUGCCAUUCCGCAGCGAAACACAAACUUGCCGUACGACCAAAGAAGAAGGGCCCAACCAGGGCACGAGCUCGCCCAAGAGAGACCACUCUUUUGCCAGCGACACCGGAAGUCAACGAGGAGUCGUUGAAACUCUCGUCCACCAACAUCGCGGAUUAUUCGCCGACGAAGGAAGCGGAAGAGAAGGCUCACUCGUUGCCGUACGGUAUACUGCCGACCGUGGUGAGCACACCGCUCUCGGCCCACCAUGGACCGGUGUCGAAAGCAUCCUCCAAAGAACUCAUCUCCUCCUCCUCCUCGAAGCUGAUGUCGGUGAGCGUUGGCGAUGCUUCGCUCGGUGCGUCAUCCGUGUACGUCAACAAGAACAUUUCCAAGAGCCACGAGUUCGAGCGCACGUCCGAGCAUCUGCUUGCGGCACCGGACGGUGCGGGUGGCCCUGCCCGCAAGGAGGAUGAUGGGUUCUUCAAACGAAUCCUAAAUUAUAGCUUCAAGAAGAAGAAACACGAAUCGGUCGGUGGUGGUGGUGGUGCCGGGAAGGAUGAAUCGCAUCCGGUCACGCCAAAGAAGGAGGACAACAACACUAGCAGUGUUUAUAUCACGGCCGGGGAACCAACGGCGACCGCCGACGCUGGGCCGACGGAACAAAUCAUGAAACUGUCGCUCGUGGUUGGUGAUUCCGAGCUCAGCGAGCUGAGUGGCUAUAAGAAGAUCAAAUCGGGUCCGGCCGCCCGGCAGCGCAUUUUCCCGAAGGAAAUUUUCACGGGCGACGAGCAACGCGAACGGGAAAUUGCGACUCCAGCCCGAUACUCCUCGAACGUGGAAGUGAACCGGCAGUCGAUCGCAUCGUCUGGAAGCGCGCAUUCGCUAGCGAUCGGUGCAGCGGAAUACAAGGCACCACCAUUGCACAAGAGUGAAGAGUACUUGGUAGCGAAGGCACGCAAGUUCUCCGAGCGUAGUGUGGACGGCGGUGAAGGUGAUGACGAGGAGAGCGAUGGGCGGAAGUAUGUGAGCCAUGGUGAGCGGAUGAAGAGCCCGAAGGCGUACGGUACACACGGAACGUCGUACCAACAGAAGGCGGCAAAGGUGUCCAACGGGGGACAACACCCGGUACUACAGGUGGGACUGCAGGAAAGUCCGACCAAGCGAACGAAGGCGGUGGAAAAAUCGAAAAGCUUCCGCACGUAUACCGACAACGUAUCGAACAAUUUGCAGGCGGGUGGAGGCGGCCAUCAUCACCAUCACCAUCAGCUGCCGAGUCUGCCCAACCUUAGCUCGUCGCUGUCGGUGGGUAAUUUCAGCCAGAGCAACAGUUUCCUCGAGACGGAACACAAGUUCUUCAGCAUGACGGAGAACAUGAACACGGGCAAGCAGCGGGUGUUUAAGGAUUACAUUAGCAACGCCGAUGAGGAGGUGGUGGAUGCACGGUUGCUUUCAUCGAGUGCGUCAUUGCAAAAGUUCGAAAUUAACGACAACAACCUGUUGAACCCGCGCGAGGAGUACGUCGAUCACCAACCGAAGAGUAUCGUGCUGACGACGAACACACUGACGCCACCGGAGCCGACGAGCAUCCUGAACAAGUCGAACCAGAACAUCUCGCAAAUUGAGGAGAACAUCGAUAAGCUCGUGUCGUCGCAAUUUGUCAGCAUCAUCCGGAGCUCGGACGAGGGCAGUAGCAACGAGCGGCUGGAUGAUAUUGGCCACGCGGGCACCGUGCCAGAGUUUAUGAAAAUCCAACUGAACCGCGUCGAUGCCGCAACGGCGGCGAUGGCGAUGGGCCCGACGUCUCGUCCGACCAUGAAGACGAGCAGCAGCAUCGUGCUGACGACCUCACCGACACCGGCCCCACCAACGUCGCCCGCCGUCGCUAGUCCCACUGCUUCCGCCGGGCAGUAUCCGGUUCCGCCGGCGGACGAUGCCAUAAAGAUGCGCCGGUUCAGCAACGAGAACAUCGAGAUAACGGAGUCGAAACCACCGCUCCCGCCGUCGGUGGUGGCUCGCACCAGCCUUGUACUGGAUGGGCCACCGAAGAGUCCGCCCGUGUUCCGAAAGCAACACGGGGGCAGUGGAGGCGACAUCAACGCCGCCGGUGCCGGUUCGAAGCGCAACUCGAUGAAUCUCUCGCAGGACCUUAGCGACGACCGGAAGGUGAUCCUCCAGCGCCGUACGUCCGUGACGGAGGAGAAGAUCAAGUACGAGCGACGGAUAUCGUCCUCGUCCGAGGAUAUAAAGUUCGAGAAGAAAAAAUCCACCUCCGAAGAGGUGCUGGAGAAACGCGGCAGUACCGGGAGCAAUGCGGCCACCAACUACAACAGUGGCUCGAGCAGUGGCGACGAGCUGGUGGUACUGCGGAAGAAGCUCGUGCCCGAUAAGGAACCGAAGGACAAGGAUGGUACGCCCGAGCUGAUGAAGGUGUUUGCCAGGCGAUCGCUAAAGUUGCGCUCCGACGAUGACUACAAGGUGCCCGGUACGGACGCUGGUGGGAAGCCACUGUGCAGCAUCGACAGCGACAAGGAGAACCAAUCGAGCGAAGAAAAGUUGGACAAGGUGGGCGCUCCACAGCAGCAGCAGCAGCAGCCGCAACAACAACAACAGCAAGAUCUCUCUGCUGCGAUCGUGCAACCAGCAUCGAUACCAGCACCUCCAUUGAAAAGUAGUGCCGCUGCGCCUCCACCACCGUCCGAGGUAAAAAGUAAUGGCACCGUGGAAAGCAACGGAACGAGCCAAACGAUCACGGUUGAUCCGUUGAUCGUGCGGAAAAGUGUCACCAGUAAGCCGUUUGGUGUACCGAACAGAUUCGGUACGGCAGCCAACGGGCAGACACGAAAUACCACUUCGUUCGUAGACGUCCGCAAGACGCUCCUGCCCAACUCGGCCGCGGUUGUGGCCCAGGUGAACAACAACUUUGUAAAGCCGGACAUCGCGUCGGGCGUCGGAGAGAAUCAAACCGUAGUCAACAAUAACAACAAUAACAACAGCAUUAACAAUGGCACUGGUAACGCUACCAAUCGCCAUACGAUCGCGUCGUUGAAUCAGCUCAACAGCGCCAAUGGGGGCAUUGGUGGUGGGGCAAACAACAACGCUACCAUCAUCGAGGCCGCCGGUGGCAAUGGGGAAAUCAACGAGUUCAAGGGCAUACUGCAACGCCGGGCGGAGUGGGAAAAGCGAGCCAAGGAAGGAUUCAAGUAGAUCGUGAGCUCUUAUGGUGUGACACGUAGCUUUGCAGUGUUGCAGUAGAGACACAGGCAGAUAGAGAGAGAUAGAUGAAGGUCCUGCAGUAGUCAAGGCUCCUUAUCUUCUCAGCCCCACCGAGAAAAUUUCACUCCAUUCCAUUCCCGCAAAUUCCGCGCAAGGCGAAAGACCCACUCGGCAAAGUGGCGGUAGAUGAACCCCAGAUAGGAGGCCAACAGCAUUCCUUUCGCUUUUACGGCGCACUAGAAUGCGCACUAGGACCCAGUUAUGACAACAUACUUCCGGAGGAAGCUAUGCUUUUAAUUUGAGAUCACUCCGAGUAAACGACGCCUUUAUUGGUACGGAUUGCCGAAAUCCCAUUCAAAAAGAGUGACCGACCGUACCGGGAUGCUAAACAACCAAGUUUAUAUUUCCUUAUGUACGGACUUUGACAAGCCGCGUGCGUCGAGGAAAGGCAUCAUUUACUUGGACUGCCCUCAAUUAUCUCCGUGUUCUUUUGCGACCAUUGGUCGGACGAUUUCGAACGGACCGCAACGUAGUGUGGUCCAGUGAUUGAUUACUACAAAAUUAUCAUGUAAUGCAAACACCACCAACAACCACCAUCAUCACCACGUGCAUAGAUAGGACAACCUGAGUCGUUAGGACAACCCCGAAACUACGUGUUAUAGAACGCCUUACCAACUACUAAUUAUCGUUACAAAAGCGACGGGUCGUUCCCACGUUAUGUUUGCGUGGUUAGGAUGAAAAUUCGUUGUUGCAAUAUAUAUAUAUAUUUUUUACAAUGC